UUCGUUUGCGAUAUGAUUUGUUUACAAAACAGAACAAGUUCGCAGCAGAACAGAGGGAAACGAGCAACACAAAUGACGCACACCAACGUUUUUUGAAUCCAAAUAUUAUAAGGUUAGUGGAAAUGCUUAGAAUAUAUUCUGUCAAAACAAUUAUAAAAGCAUUUUAAGUCAGGGAUCUGGAGCUUCACGACAGUCCAUCCUUUACGGCAAAUGGAAUAUGGCGGAGGCUAAGAAACCUUUCGACGAGUUGGAGCUCCUGAAGGAAUGGCAGGCGUCUGCGGAUCUGAAACCAGCCCUGUACGACCACCUGAGGAAAUGGGUGCCUCGGAUCUACUGUCACAAGGAGGAGUCCAACCCAAAAGAAGAAGAAGAAGAGCAAGUCCAGAGACAGCUACUCCGUCCACUGGAGUACUUUCUGUUUGGUGAAGAUCCCGAUGAAGGUGUAAAAAAGCUCAAGCAGGGCAAUUCGUCUUCCCAGCUCUGUGGGCGCGUCUUCAAAGAAGGAGAGACAGUCUACUCUUGCAGGGAUUGUGCAAUAGAUCCUACAUGUGUACUGUGCAUGGACUGCUUCCAGGAGAGCGUGCACAAAAGUCAUCGUUACAAGAUGCACGCCUCAUCCGGUGGGGGGUUCUGUGACUGUGGCGAUGUGGAAGCCUGGAAAAUUGGCCCGUGCUGCUCUAAACAUGAUCCAGAAGCAGCCACUGCUAUGGUAACAAAUGAGUGCACAUUGGAGCCAGAACUCUGUCAGCGUAUUGAGAUGCUCUUCAGGGUAUUGCUGAACUACUUCACAUACUUCAUGGACUGGGCGGAAGGUCGGCAGCUAUUCGCUCUACUUAAACCCGAGGAAAAAGACAACACAUACUUCUGUAUGUUAUACAAUGACGAGCACCAUUCAUACGACCAUGUGAUCUAUACCCUACAGCGAUCUGUUAAUUGUGAUCAGGCUGAAGCGCAGACUCACACCGCUCUUAUUGACAAAGAGGGUCGGCGGGCGGUAAAGAAAGGAAGCCUAGAGUCAUGCCAGCAAGCGAAAGACCUCAUCAAGUACAACUCCGAGCAUAUUUCCCUGCAGCCGCUACGUGUUGAGGUCCUGCACUCGACUGUUGUCGCUCAUCAAACAUUCGCUCUGCGUCUCGGUUGCUGGUUUCAGAAGAUCAUCGGUUACUCAGUGGGCUUCAGACAGGCCUUCUGCCGGGUGGCACUGGAGCCCAACACAGAACAGACCAACGUCUGUUGCAUCAGCAGACUCAUGUUACUCGAUGCCAAACUGUAUAAAGGAGCACGCAAAAUUGUUCACGAGCUGAUUUUCUGUAGCAUACUAAUGGAAACUGAAUUCAAAAGGCUUUUUGCAAUAGAGUUCACAAAGCUGUAUAAGGAUUUACAGCAUAACUUCAUUGAUGACGAUCAUGAAAGGAGUAUUUCCAUUACUGCACUGUCUGUUCAGAUCUUUACUGUGCCCACACUGGCAAGGUACCUGAUUGAAGAAACAAACGUCAUUACAAGGAUAGUUAAUACAGUCAUGGCCCUGUUAAUGGAGCAUUUGGAUGUUAACAAUCGCUUCUUUUUUCUCGGUUACAACUCUGACAAGUUCUCUCGCAUCCAGGUCAUUUUCCAUGACCUCAGGUAUAUUCUGAUCAGUAUACCGUCCAUAUGGAGUUGUAAGCUUCGCAAACAAUUCAAAGAGGGCUUCAAUGCCUUUCUUGGCCUUCUGAAAUGCAUGCAGGGUAUGGAAGAAGUUGUGCGUCAGUUUGGUCAACACAUUGCUGUCGAGCCUGAGUGGGAAGCCGGCUUUGCGCUUCAGAUCCAACUCCGCCACAUUCUCACAAUGUUCCAGGACUGGUGCGCCUCAGAUCACAAGAUCCUGCUGGAAGCCUUUAGAGAUUGCCACAAAGUCUUGCAGCAAUGCAACAAUCAACCCUUCCGCAGGGAGGCAUCCGACUACUAUAUGUGCAAACAGAUCCUCUAUCUUCGGCCCUACAAAGUGUCUCAGGAACCUGUCAGCAUACAUUUACCCCUAUCCAGACUGCUUGCAGGCUUGUAUGUUCUUAUCUGCAAGAACGGAUUAUUUGAGCAACUGUUUGACAAAGAAUAUUACGACUUUUCCAACUUGGUUGAGCAUCCUCUGCGCUGUGUGGUGCUUGCUGCACAGGUUUUAGCUGAAAUGUGGCGCAGAAACGGACUCUCCUUGGUCAGCCAGGUCUACUACUAUCAAGAUGUGAGAUGUAGAGAGGAGAUGUAUGACAAAGACAUCCUUAUGCUUCAGAUUGCUGCCUCCAGGAUGGAUGCCAACCAUUUUCUUAUGCUGCUAUUAAUACGAUUUGAGCUCUUGAGUUACUUCAAUGAAGGUUAUUCCAUCCGAGACCAUGUACCAUGGAAUCGACUGGCAGAAGAGAUGUUGUAUCUCCUUAUCAUCAUAGUUGGUGAGCGCUACGUCCCCGGUGUCACGGACGUGACGAAAGAGGAUGUCACGAUGAGGGAGGUCAUCCACCUGCUGUGCAUUGAACCCAUGGCACAUAGUAGUUUGGUCAAAGGCCUGCCAGAUAAUGAGAGCCAUGAAACAGGUCUUGAGUCUGUAAUAGAUAAAGUUGCCACAUUCAAGAAACCAGGAGUGUCAGGGCACGGAUUAUAUGAAGUGAAGAGGGAGUAUUUGGUUCAAUUCAAUCCAUUCUUCUACCAUUAUUCAAGAUCACAGCACAGCAAGGCUGAAGAGUCACAAAAGAAGAGGCGUGUUCACGAUGGGGCUGAUAAAGCUCUGCGUCCUCCGGUGCCGCCUCCUUUCUGUCCGGCUUUCUCAAGCAUCGUACAUCUCCUCUGCUGUGACAUCCUUGUCUACAUCCUCAGACGCUUGCUGCAGAGGGCAGCUGAAGAAAAGUCAAAUCUCUGGAGUGAAAUAAUGAUCCAACGGGCCUUGCACCUUAUUGGCCAGGCUUUGCUGGAAGAAAAAAGUCAACUUGAGGAAAGCGCUUCAGGGGAGGUGACAUUUGAUUUUAGCCUGAAGGCUCGCAGAGUAGAACACAACAAGUCCCUGUUCCUCUUUCUGUCGAAAAUGAAAGGUGUUCGUUCACUUGAAACUCAAAAGGACAUGAUCACAUGGUUACUACAGAUGUUUGAAAUUGUCAAGUGCCUCAGAGAGAAGUCCAGUCCAACUACCUCGAUGAGUAUGGAGACAAGCAAGCCUGAAGAAAGUGCUCAGGACAAAGAAAAAGCUGAGCGCAAAAGAAAGGCUGAAGCUGCCAGACUUCACCGCCAGAAAAUAAUGGCCCAGAUGUCAGCUAUGCAGAAAAACUUCAUUGAGUCUAAUAAGAUGCUUUAUGACAACAUGCCCGAGAGCGGCAUACAUGGAGAGCCUGUUUUAUCAACAGAGAGAUUUUCUCCCACAGUUGGACAUGCACCUACCAUGAAAAUUUCAAACCCGUCCAUUAUUUCUAAUCCAACAGAGCAGAAGGAGCUUUGCAUUGCCAUCGGACCCCAACGAGGAUCCACCCCCGCAGAGAGGGAAGUGCUGACCUGCAUUCUUUGUCAAGAAGAGCAGGAAGUGGCAUCCCAGGCUCCGGCCAUGGUACUGACUGCCUGUGUGCAAAGAUCCACAGUCUUAACCCAGUGCAGAGGCAAGAUGCCCUCCAGCAGUGGAAAUGAUAAGGAAACAUCCUACCCGUUAUUCAUGCCUCCUGAACUGGCUGUAGGCACCCACACAGGCAGCUGUGGACAUGUCAUGCAUGCCACAUGUUGGCAAAAAUAUUUUGAAGCAGUCCAGAACACAUCCAGAAACAGACUCCACGCAGAACUGAUCAUCGACCUUGAGAAUGGGGAGUACUUGUGUCCUUUGUGCAAGUCACUAUGUAAUACCGUUGUUCCACUGAUCCCCCUGGAGCCACUUGUAUUUAAUUAUGAAAAUGCAGAAAUAAUUGGUCAACAUUUGACCCUAACUCGCUGGAUCCAUAUCCUUGAGGCCAGGAUUAAAGGACUUCAGUCCAACAUGCAGGAUAAUGAUUGCGACAUGGAAAAUAUCAACAACAGCGCUGCAAUGUUACAUGGAGAGAGUCAGACUGAUUUUAGAGCAAUACUCAGUUAUGGCGUGCAAGAACCGAGAAAGCUUUCGAACGGUAUAGUAGAGAUGCUGUCUGUGUGCGGCACAACAGUUCAUAGAGUCGGACUUCAGACGGUACCUAAUGAACUGUGCCCAUGUGUGCCCCUCAUGGCCUGGAACACCUGUGCCUUCACUAUUCAGGCCAUUGAAAACAUAUUACUUGAAGAGGACAAGCCACUCUUUGGGUCUUUACAAAAUAGACAGCUGGCAGGUCUGAAGGCGACCGUUCAGUUCUCAGCAGCACAAAGAAUUAUAAUCCCCCAGGCAGUUAUUCAAAGACACUUCACUGAAAUGUUAGCAGUUCUGCUGCCAGCCAUAAGUGGAAAGAAUAUACCUUCUAUUUUGGAAGUUGACUUUUUCCAUCUUCUGGUGGGUUUAGUGUUGUCUCUGCCCUCGUUGUACCAAGAGGAGACUGUAGACUUGCAGCCAUCUGCUGUCAGCUCAGCCUAUAACCACCUACACAUCCUGCAUCUGGUUACGAUGGCUCAUGUACUGCAGGUGUUGAUCCUCGCAACAGACCUCCCUGUGGUGGUUGGUGAUGAAGAAACGGAGGAAGCAAGAGCAGCAGCAGAACUACACACUCUUGUGUCACAGCACACUGGAAGGCGACUUCCUGAUGUGGGAGGCAGUUCUGUAGCUGAAAGAGUGAAAACAGGAAUUGAGUCGUUUUUGCGCUGUACUGCUCUAUUUUUUAGCUGCCUUACUGGUGUACGUCCACCAGAGGAACUUUAUUGUACUUCAGUUUCUUGUCGAGGCCAGAUGGAGGCGUUAUGCAGUUACUUGGCACUUCCCUCCAAUGUGUUCCAGCUCUUCCAGGAGCACAAAGACACUGUGGCACCACUACUGCAUAGGUGGUGCAGCAGUCCAGCAAUAACCAAAGCUCUGAGAGGCAAAAUCCAGACAGUCAGAUAUCCCAGGACGAGAAAUCAACUAAUUGACCUUCCGGAGGAUUAUAGCACUUUGCUCAAUCAAGCCAGCCAUUUUAAAUGUCCCAAGUCUGCGGACGAUGAAAGAAAGCAUCCCACUUUGUGCCUGUUCUGCGGCACCAUGCUGUGCUCUCAGAGCUCCUGCUGCUACAGUCAGCUAGAGGGAGAAGAUGUGGGUGCCUGCACCGCACAUGCUGCCACCUGUGGCGCAGGAGUGGGCAUGUUUCUCAGGGUAAGAGAGUGUGAAAUUGUACUGAUGGCCAGUAAGACCCGAGGAAGCACAUAUCCUGCUCCAUAUUUGGAUGACUACGGCGAGACUGAUCCUCAUCUUGGGAGGGGCAAUCCACUGCACCUUUGUCCAGAACGUUACCGAAAGUUGAAGCAGAUGUGGCAGCAGCACUGCAUCCUGGAGGAGAUUGCUCGCAGCUUGGAGCUGGUCAAUGUCAUGUUUGCUUUUGACUGGCAAAUGUUGUGAGCUCAGAGCCAGCUGUGCAGGGCCGUCCUUGCCGCUUCUCACCAACGUGCUUAUGGUAUAUAGACGCACGGAGCCUCCUGCUUGAGAUUAGGUAAAGCAAGUGAAAGAGCGGCAAACAAAGGACGGAAAGAAAAUCAUGGAGGAGAGCAAAUUGCAUUAGCCUUGUUUUAAUUUGUCCUAUCUGAGAAUGCAAAUAACCUCUUGUUAAUAAAGACAUUAGAGCCACGCACCAUCAUUUAUUUUAUGAUGUUGUGAUCAUUUCGAUGAACCUUUUUUUAUUAUUAUUUUCCGUGUCUCACUAGCAUAGCAUCUGACAAGCAAAUGCUGUACUUGAUAUUUCCUUUGACGGUCAUUUUUUUUCUCUAUCACAAAACAUGUACAAUUUCUGGCCAAACAUAUACACAGUUCUGUAUUGAUUGAAUGUAACCUUCCCCUGAAUAACAAGGUCACUUUUCAACACUGCUUCCAGUAAAGAAAAUGUCACAAAGUUGAUCAUCUUGUUACCCUUUGGAAACAUUGUGAAUUGAGUGUGCUUGUGCUGUUUGAUAGCACAACAUGAUAAUAAAAUCACCAGUCUAUCUAAUCCCUCAGUCUCAUACAUAAACAAAUGGAUUGGAUUGUCAAGUACCACAGCUGGUUAUUGAUUAGUCAUGUUUAUCAAGGCUCAUUCUUACUAUCUAUUAUCCAAUACUCCACACUUAAAUUGAAAUAGAGCCACUUUAUAUACCAGGUUAUUGUGAUAGUCCUAGUAAAAUCAAAUCAUGGCAUAACAAGGGAAUGUAAAAAAUUCACAACUGAGAUGUGGUUUGACAAGUGUAUAAUAAUCAAUUGCAAUCAAACUCGUACGAUGGAGGUAAGCAAAUUAAAAACUUAAGUCAUGAGAAGAUUAAAGUGCCUUUGAUUACUCACAAAUAAAGUUCAAAGCUGUUGUAGUGUGGCAUUUAUCUCAUUGCCUGACCUUAACGGCACUAGACGUCCAAUCUGCGUGAAGUGGGGCGGCUGACUGCCACCCUCCCACUCGUGAUGAACUCAUUUCAAUUCACAGCGGAAAGAUGAAUUGGCCACAUCGUCAGUGGCACUGAAACAGCAUUGACUUCAUAAUGAAUUGAUGGGGCGCAGGGCCAAUAAAUAGGGGGCCUGCAUUGUUGGUGAGGCCAUCAAAGCUGACCAAGUGGAAUCGCAGCUUUUUUGGUAGAAAAUUAUUGUGAAUAAAUGCUUAAAUCCCUGAAUUCCGAAAAAAAACGUGCAGUUAGCAUUUAUUUUACGUAAAUAUGUCGAAGUUUAAUGCUAGUCUGUUGGUACAUGAAGCUAGCGCCCGCUUUAUAUAAACAGCUUUUCCAGUGAAAAUUCUUGUAUAAAUGCUUAAAUUCCCAAAUUCUUAAUAGAUAUGGAUGUAAAACUGUCUCGAUUCUUGGUUAAAAGCAAAAAAACGUGCCGUUAGGAUUUAUUUUACGUAAAUAUGUCUACGAUGCUAGUCUGUUACUCAGUGAUGCGGCCGCCAUAUGUAAACAGCUUUUCCGUUGAAAAUUCCUGUGAAUAAAUGCUUCAAUUCCUGAAUUUUUUAUAGAUAUGGACGUGAAACAGUCUCGAUUAUUGGUUAUAAGCAAAAUAACGUGCAGUUAACAUUUUUUUUUAUGUAACUAUGUUGAAGAAUGAUGCUAGUCUCUUAGCUCUUUGUUGUGAUAUGGGGGCUGCCACAAUGGCUUUUUCUGCUGAAAAUUAUUGUGAAUAAAUGCUUAAAUUCCCUAUAGAUAUGGACGUAAAACUCUCGAUUCUUUGUUAAAAGCAAAAAAAAAAAAAAAAAAGCGCAAGUAGCAUUUAUUUUACGUAAAUAUUGCGAACUAUGAGGCUAGUCUGGAAGGAAAUUAGCAGCCGCCAUAUGUAAACGGAGAGCUUUUUCCGUUGAAAAUUCUGAUACUUAAAUCCCCGAAUUCUUUAUAGAUAUGGAUGUACAAGAGUCGAUUCUUGGUUAAAAGAAAAAAAAAAAAAAAACUGGAGUUUGCAUUUACUUCACGUUAAUAUGAAAAAGAAUGAUGCUAGUCUGUAGUGGUUAAUUUCUCCCAUUGAUUUUUUUCACGUUUCAAAACGCAUGCGUGGUACGAAAAAUCUAAUAAUUACCUUGAAUUCUAGAACAAAGCACUCCUGAGACAAUCCUUCCUGUUUGUAUGCGGUACAGCUUUCCUACUUUUUCAAUCCUAAAUCAGGCGUUGGAUCACUGGAUGUGUUGACUCUGCGACCGAAUGUGAAUAACUGAAGCGGACUGUAGGGCGGCCCCCAACUUAAGGCGUUGCGCAGUGAAGGUGGCAUCUAACCUGUCAAUCAUUAUGAAGUCUAUAGAAAGAGUUAAUUACAUUUUGAAAGUCACAUUUGGCACAAGUGACGUUACAUAAUUUGACAGAUCCUAAUUUAUAAAAAGUCGAGAAGAAAACUGGUCUGAGGAAUUUGUCAGGUACUAAUGUUAGCAGUUAAUAGAGUAAUCUCAUCUUCAUAUUUUCAAUGCAACCAGUUUUAGCACAAAACCUUCAGCCUGUGAGAAUGCAAAAACGAAACCCUUCUAGAAAAUCAGAGCUAAAUUGGAGGUGAAUCAGAGGCACUUUAAAAGGCAGGAGUUGUGUGUAAACCCCCAUUGCACAAAGUUUGAAUGUGACAAAUAAAUUCUAAGUACAUCCGCAUUCCGUCAUAAGCGGGCGCAACCACUAUUUCAAUUGUAUAUUUUUACUUCCCCUCUCCAUAAGAUUAUAUUUUUUGUUGUCCAACUUGGGGAAAGUGUUCAUUUUUGUUUUAUCACAAAACCUUGGCAUUUGAGCAGGUGUGUGCUGACUUUUUAUAUGACCUGUAAAAAAAACCUGUUAAAAAAAAAAGAAACUAAAGUAAUCAGUAGCUACCACACAACUAAUAAUGUGGAGUUAGACUAAUCACAUGACAUUAAUUUCAUGACCUUAAUUUCAUGGUCAAAUUAGAAAAUUGAAAUGUGAAUAUUUGGCAUGGAAAGGCAUGCCUGGAUGUGUUUAGUGUGGAAGAACAUGACCAGAACCCUGACAGCAACCCCAUACAAAACCUUUGGUAUAACAUACAACCUUGAUACCUCCCUGAAGUUGGGCCCCCAUCAGACACGAAUUUAUAGAAAAAUGAUGUCAGUCAAUUGUGCUGAAGUAAUGCUGCAAAAAAAUGUGUUUGUGCUACUAUUGAUUUAUAGAUAUUGAGAUUUUAAGUGAAGACGUCUCUCAGCUUUUGACUCCUGCGGCUGACGGAGCAUACCAACUUCUCAAUAACAAAGGGGUACGGCCGCUGAAAGUCACUCAUACCGGGGGAUGCUGAGGAUCUUUUUUAGUUUUUCCCAUCCAAAAACAGCCAUUUCGGUCCAAAUUUGUCAUGCUCACGCGCUUCCUCCUUACAAGGCGUGCACAAUGGCAGUACACACGGAUGCUGGAUAGUUUACGUACUAGUACUAGGCUACGACAAAGACAUCUUUCUAAUUCACCUACAGUGUGUGUUGGAGUUUUAGUAUUGGAAAUAGAAGCGCCAGUGUAUUAUAAAGUACAAACCCGAGCAAAAAGUAUGGAAUCACCAGUCUCGGACGAGCACUCACUCCUACAUUUUAUCAUGUAGAACAAAAUCAGAUAAAAAGCUUGUAAAAAAAAAAAAAUGAAUUAGUUCAAAAGUGCAACUCUUUAGCAUUCUGAAACACUAAAAGAAAUGAACAAAAACAUUCUGGUGGUCAGUAAAUGUUAAUUUUAUAGAGCAAGUGCAGGGAAAUACAUAUGGAAUCACUCCAUUCUGACGAAAAAAAUAUGGAAUCAUGAGAAACAAACAAAGAAAUAACACAUCUCUAGUAUUUAGUAGCACCACCUCUGGUGAGUAUUCUUCAUCAAUUUGGUGCCAACUCUCUUUGAUUGCAGUUGCCAGAUCAUCCUUGCAGGUCGGAGCCUUGCUGUGGACCUUUUUUUUUUCAAUUUCCAACCACUGUUUAUCAAUAGGCUUGAGAUCUGGGCUAUUUGCAGGCUAUGACAAUGACUGGAUCAGUCUUUCUCCAAGGAAUGCUUUAACAGUUUUAGCUCUGUGGCAUGAUGCAUUGUCAUCUUGGAAAAUGACAAACAUAUUUUCAAUUGAAGAAUAAGAAAGCUGUCUAAAAUUUCAAUGUAAACUUGUGCAUUUAUUGAAGAUUUAACUAAAGCCAUCCCCCCAGUGUUUUUACCUGACAUGCAGCCCUAUAUCAUUAAGGACUGAGGGAAUUUUGAUGUCUUCUUCAGGCAGUCAUCUUUGUAAAUCUCACUGGAACGACACCAAACAAAAGUUCCAGCAUCAUCACCUUGUCCAAUGCAGAUUCUUGACUCUUGACACCUUGUCCAAUGCUGAUUCCAUAUUUCUUUCCUGAGAAUGGAGUGAUUCCAUAUAUAUUUCCCUGCACUUGCUCUAUAAAAGUAACAUUUACUGACC